GGUGACGUCAGGCGGCGCAGUUUGAAUCUGUAGAAGUUGGUGCUGCAGGUACUGGGGUCACUCACAGACACGGGGGGUACUGGGAACAUUACCUCAUCACAACUGGGGGCAAUCGGAGAUAUAGGACCGUGCUUGUAAUAUCAUAGAGACCUUACUGGCUACUGAGGAUACUAACUACUCUCAGCCAGGAGACACAGACCAUACUGGCUACUGAGGAUACUAACUACUCUCAGCCAGGAGACACAGACCUUACUGGCUACUGACGAUACUAACUACUCUCAGCCAGGAGACACAGACCUAACUACUGGCUACUGACUGAGGAUACUAACUACUCUCAGCCAGGAGACACAGACCAUACUGGCUACUGACGAUACUAACUACUCUCAGCCAGGAGACACAGACCUUACUGGCUACUGAGGAUACUAACUACUCUCAGCCAGGAGACACAGACCUUACUGGAUACUGAGGAUACUAACUACUCUCAGCCAGGAGACACAGACCAUACUGGCUACUGAGGAUACUAACUACUCUCAGCCAGGAGACACAGACCAUACUGGCUACUGAGGAUACUAACUACUCUCAGCCAGGAGACACAGACCAUACUGGCUACUGAGGAUACUAACUACUCUCAGCCAGGAGACACAGACCAUACUGGCUACUGGAUACUAACUACUCUCAGCCAGGAGACACAGACCAUACUGGCUACUGAGGAUACUAACUACUCUCAGCCAGGAGACACAGACCAUACUGGCUACUGAGGAUACUAACUACUCUCAGCCAGGAGACACAGACCAUACUGGCUACUGAGGAUACUAACUACUCUCAGCCAGGAGACACAGACCAUACUGGCUACUGAGGAUACUAACUACUCUCAGCCAGGAGACACAGACCUUACUGGAUACUGAGGAUACUAACUACUCUCAGCCAGGAGACACAGACCUUACUGGAUACUGAGGAUACUAACUACUCUCAGCCAGGAGACACAGACCAUACUGGCUACUGAGGAUACUAACUACUCUCAGCCAGGAGACACAGACCUUACUGGAUACUGAGGAUACUAACUACUCUCAGCCAGGAGACAAGACCAUACUGGCUACUGAGGAUACUAACUACUCUCAGCCAGGAGACACAGACCAUACUGGCUACUGAGGAUACUAACUACUCUCAGCCAGGAGACACAGACCUUACUGGAUACUGAGGAUACUAACUACUCUCAGCCAGGAGACACAGACCUUACUGGAUACUGAGGAUACUAACUACUCUCAGCCAGGAGACACAGACCAUACUGGCUACUGAGGAUACUAACUACUCUCAGCCAGGAGACACAGACCUUACUGGAUACUGAGGAUACUAACUACUCUCAGCCAGGAGACAAGAUCAUACUGGCUACUGAGGAUACUAACUACUCUCAGCCAGGAGACACAGACCAUACUGGCUACUGAGGAUACUAACUACUCUCAGCCAGGAGACACAGACCUUACUGGCUACUGAGGAUACUAACUACUCUCAGCCAGGAGACACAGACCAUACUGGCUACUGACGAUACUAACUACUCUCAGCCAGGAGACACAGACCUUACUGGCUACUGAGGAUACUAACUACUCUCAGCCAGGAGACACAGACCUGGAUACUGAGGAUACUAACUACUCUCAGCCAGGAGACACAGACCAUACUGGCUACUGAGGAUACUAACUACUCUCAGCCAGGAGACACAGACCAUACUGGCUACUGAGGAUACUAACUACUCUCAGCCAGGAGACACAGACCAUACUGGCUACUGACGAUACUAACUACUCUCAGCCAGGAGACACAGACCAUACUGGCUACUGAGGAUAAUAACUACUCUCAGCCAGGAGACACAGACCAUACUGGCUACUGAGGAUAAUAACUACUCUCAGCCAGGAGACACAGACCAUACUGGCUACUGAGGAUACUAACUACUCUCAGCCAGGAGACACAGACCAUACUGGCUACUGAGGAUACUAACUGCUCUCAGCCAGGAGACACAGACCAUACUGGCUACUGAGGAUAAUAACUACUCUCAGCCAGGAGACACAGACCAUACUGGCUACUGAGGAUACUAACUGCUCUCAGCCAGGAGACACAGACCAUACUGGCUACUGAGGAUACUAACUGCUCUCAGCCAGGAGACACAGACCAUACUGGCUACUGAGGAUACUAACUGCUCUCAGCCAGGAGACACAGACCAUACUGGCUACUGAGGAUACUAACUGCUCUCAGCCAGGAGAUACAGACCAUACUGGCUACUGAGGAUACUAACUGCUCUCAGCCAGGAGAUACAGACCAUACUGGCUACUGAGGAUACUAACUGCUCUCAGCUAGGAGAUACAGAGCUUACUGGCUACUGAGGAUACUAACUGCUCUCAGCCAGGAGAUACAGAGCUUACUGGCUACUGAGGAUACUAACUACUCUCAGCCAGAGAGAUACAGGUACAUACUAUAUACUGAGGAUACUAACUACUCUCAGCCAGAGAGAUACAGGUACAUACUAUAUACUGAGGAUACUAACUCCUCUCAGCCAGAGAGAUACAGGUACAUACUAUAUACUGAGGAUACUAACUACUCUCAGCCAGGUGGCAGGGAGCAGCGAAAGUAAGCUGUAGUGGUUAUAUUGCUUGGAUUGUUCCUUCAAGAGAAAAUAGCAUCACAUGAAAAUAGGAUAAAUGUGUUUUCAAGGUGAUACUCAAAUUAUGCAAAGUCCCUGAACAGUGACAGUGCCCCUUUAACCCACCACUGCAAAAGUUAAAAGUGCAUGGCUGAAUAUUCCAAAUCUGUAUUCCAAAACGGCGCCUAAGAGGGGAUAUGAUAACAUUAUACAAAUAUAUUCGGGGCCAGUACAAACCUUUAUCUGGAAAUCUAUUCAUAAACAGGGCUAUACAUAGGACAUGAAGUCACACAUUUAGGCUGGAAGAAAUAAGAUUUCAUCUAAGGCAAAGAAAAGGUUUUUUUACAGUAAGAGCAAUAAGGAUAUGGAAUUCUUUGCCUGAAGAGGUGGUUUUGUCAGUCACUACAGAGGUUUAAACUGCAAUUGAAUAAAUACUUACAUACAGGGAUAUAAUUUCUAAUUAGUGGGGUAAUAGCUGCUUUAUCCAAGGAGACAUCUGACUGCUAUUUUGGGGUCAAGAAGGAUUUUUUUCCUAGUUUGUGGCAAAAUUGGAAGCGCUUCAGACUGGGUUUUUUGCCUUCUUUUGGAUCAACAGCAACAACAUAUGUGAGGAAGGCUGAACUUGAUGGACACAAGUCUCUUUUCAGCUAUGUAACUAUGUUCUUACACAGCAUCAGUUAGACUCACAACUUCAGUUCAGGGGCUUUACGUUCAUAUCAGCUUUCGCUUUUUCCUGAGCUCCCUAAUUACAAGUACAUCUGGUAUUGAACACUGCAGGGGAGUAUGGAACAAGAAAAAAAGAAAUAUUUUAGUAUGUAAGUUGAGGAAGUGAAAAAGUAGGCAGGGAUACGGAGAAACUCCCCUUCCCAUAUACAAAUUUUUUUUAUAAAAUUGGGGAUUUUUUCCAUUUGAGGAUUUAUCUGAAAACCACUUGCAAAAGCUGGAGAUCUCUUGUAUGUAAGACUUCUUCUACUGCCCAGACUUUCUGUGGCUGUCCAAUCACAGACUUCCCAAUGCAGCUCAAUUAGAAGUCUUUACAAGGCAGAUGCUCUAAGCAAUUGCUGCCACUUAAGUUUAGCUCCACUGAGCUAACCAAACCAGGAAGUAACAGGACCGGUUUUGCAUGUAAAAUUAAAGUGAGCGCUCAAACUGUAAAUGUGGGUUAGUAUAGUAAAGAGUUACCAGGUGCUAUAAGGGAAAAUUUGAUCCCCCCACGAGGUCCAUAAACCUAGUAGACAAAAAAAGCCAAAACACACCAGAAUAAAUUUGCACAUACAUUUUUUUUAAAUGUAUUUGUGAAGUGGAUCAGCAUAUAUAAUACAGAAAAAGUGCAGAUAAUAGUACAGGCAUGUAAACAUUAAAUAGCAUAGCAUGCAAUAGUAAGUGCUCAAAAUAGAAACCCAGAAAUCCAUAAUAAAACAGGCAUACUGACCAGAGAGCAGGAGACAAUAAAACCCCAAUGUUUCGGCAUCACAGCCUUCCUCAGGGGGAAUACCAGGACAAGAGUAACAGGACAGCUUGUGUGCUUAAAAUCCAGGGGGUGUAACCAAGUUAAUAAAAGUGUCCAUUUCUGUUGAAAUCUGCUUUUUAUUUAUAUUUUGUAAAAUGGAAAUACAGGGACACACUAUUCACGCAUCAAACACUUCAGGAAACAAAUGUAUUUUAGGUGCUUGAAGAGUUCCUUUAAGAUUAGAUGACCCACUUUUCUGAAAUAUUCUUUUUAAGAGAAAAUGGCUUUUUUUUUUUGUCCUAAUUUAUUAUUCUUCUUUCCAUUUGUUCCUAGUGAUGGACUCUGUUGAUUUGGACGGUUUAUGUUUUCAUGUCAAUUCAAAGAUUUCUCUAAUCAAGAAGACCCUACAGUUAAGGAAUAUAGGUAAUUCUAAAUCUAGAUUACUGUUUUGACAUUUCCUGCAUUAGUUGUGAUGGUUACCUUUCUAACAAGCGUGUCUUUCACUAUCUACAUGAGUGUAGGAACAGAGUGACAGAUGUAGGGUGAGGUUUGCCCUCCUUUUUGGGAAUCGUUCCCAAGCAGGGCCAUUCGGGUAGGAGGUAGGAUCCAAUUGUGAUGGAAGGUCUGACGAGGAGAUGAGCAGUCAUAUAACGGCUUCUAAAGCAUUUUUAUGAUUACAUAUAUGUACUGCUUUAGAAGCUGGUGACUGUUUAUGGGUUUACUUAAUAUUUCUUUUUAGUCUUUUUUUUGUGCAUUAUAAAGUAAUUUUGCUCUGUGCCAGUGGAUUAUGUUAUGAAUAUUAACUAAUAUCUUUAUAUGCAUAGGCAACUUGCACCGUUUUUCUUAAGUAGGCCUGCAGUGGCAAUUAGAAUUUCAUAAAUACUGGCAGCUGAUGGAUUUAACACAUUUUCAAUGGGAUUUAACACAUUUUUAAUUAUGGAUUCUAUGUAGCUUUCUGCAAAUUUUAUAUUUAGAAGAUCUGCUAGUGUGUCCUGUGUGCUAUUUAAUAUCUAUUUCAUUUUUGUACCAGGGCAGGACCCCUCUAUGACAUGUGUACUUAAUAAAGUGGCUUAUGAGAUGCAUGGGUUGUGCGAGCUUCUUAAUAAAGUAGAAGCAGAGGUUCAGAGGCAGGAGACCAUCGCGAAUUCCCUGAAGGUAAGAUCUCAAUAUUGGUAUCAUCCAGAUCUAGAAUCAGAGUUAUUCACAUUCCAUUUUUCGAUGUUGCUAUUCUCCUCUCAUUAAAUGUGCCUGUCACUUGACAAUAUGUCAUAUUCAAGAUUCAUUUGCUAAACUUGAGUUUCACAAAGUAGUUCUACUUAAAGGGACACCUGUGGGGUAUCUCUCUUUUUACAUACGGUAACUUACAUACGGUAAGUUCUUAGUACAUUGAUAAUAAGCACUUUCACCACAAGGUGGCACCGUUGGUUUGAAAUGAGAUGGUUGUUUUUGAAAAAUAUCCCUAAUCUUUUCUUUGAAAAAAAGACAAGACAAUUUCUUCAAAAAACAAACAAAAUCACGGUGCUAGAGAGUAUGCAGUGAUUACCUACAUGCAAGGCAAUGAUAUUAAUCUUGUCCUCAAAAAUGGAGUUAGGAGAUAUGCAUAAGUAUUUUUGAUAAUAGAGCGAAAGCUACGCUUCUGUCUUUUUUAAGCCACUUCCUUAUAAGAAUCAAAUUCACUUAAAUUGGUUCUAUUGAAGUGGUUAUGGUGCCUGGAAUCACUUGGUGAUGGUUCAAAAAAAUUUUUCAUUUGGACUGAGUAUCUCUUUUGCUCCACUGGAGGUAUAGCUAGCAGUGGUUGACUGUGAUUUGGCUCAUGGUCAUUGCUACUUGGGCUAAUGCAGAAUCAUUACGCUGAGCAGCAAAGACAGGCUGGGCUGUGCGGCACCUGGGGACCGUUAUUCACUAUUAACACCUUAAAAAAUGGUUUAACAGUGACUUGUUAACUGACACAAGGUGACUUUGGGCAUCUUUACCAGUUCAAUCAGAUGAAGUGGUUUUGGUGACACUGUAUGCGUGUGUAGGGACAACUCUUCCUGUCCUAAAUCCUAGAGAAAUCUGACAAGCCCUGACUAUCAUCUAAACUAUUAAAAGCAUUAUUAAAUGGAAAAAAAUACACACUAUUUGGGAAUGCUUUAAAUACCAGUAACUUUAACUUAUCAAAUCAUACAUUUCAACAAUCAAGAGCCAAACUGGAUCUCUACUCUGACGGUCAAUUUAAUAUCAAAUGUAUAGUUAAAAAAGUAGUUUGCAGUUAAAAAAGUAGUUUGCUGUACAGUAAGUAUGCGUUCACAACCAUAAUGCAUUGUUCAAAAUUCUUCACCGUGCAUUGAGUGCUUACAAAUAAAAUGUUUGAAUCAGAAUGUUUUAGACAAAUGUGGUUUGUGUACAAGGCAUUAUAUUCUUCAUGUAACACAGUCCCAAUGCCAGAUUUGUUUUACAAUUGCAUUCUUAUGUUGUAGGAGCUGGACUCUGCUCUUGCGAUUGACUUUGCUGAAGCCGCUCACCUUAAGGAGAAUAUUCCGACACAUCUCCCAAAGAAAGCUCCCAGCAGGUAAUUUACCUCUAAAGCUACACACCGUAACAGGUACAUGUGAUUUCUUGUUUUAUUUUCCUAUAUCCUGCAGUGGAAGAAAGCUUGGAUUAUGUGCCUCUUGUAGGGGCUCCUGUUUGACUUUGAAGGACCCGUUGUUGAUAGGUCACACAACAUGCUACAUGGGGUAAAGCUCAUUCUCUCUGUGUACUUACAGGUUUAUUCAGUCAAGUGAGAAUUGCCAGGGAUUUCAAAUUUAAGGCCAAAAUAGCCAACCUGGACACAUAGUUGACUUGGGGAAUAUUUAGUCUGGCUAUUUUUGGCCUUCAAUUUGAAAUUCACUUUGAAUUCCUAACUUUAGUGAAUAGCCCUCUGUAACGGACCUCCCUGUACUCCGACCGAGUACCUUCCAUUAAUGGAUGCUUCCUAGCCUGCUCCGAGGACCACAAGCACCGCACUGGACACCAAAACCACCGCAGACUCCACAACCGCCGUAGUCUAACUGGAGUCUCGCCGUCUUCUGUCCAACCUGGAUCAGCUUCUGUCCUCCAGGACCGUGUAGGGAAGACCUCUCCUCCUGGAGAGUGUAUCAGGAACAAGCUCUUAAGAGAGCUAAGUGAUUAAAGCUCAAGGGAGUAUGCAGAGCAUAGCAGUUCCCUCCAAUAAUGAGACGAGUCUACGUUUUGAAGGGUAAAGAAGAACUGACUCCAGUGAGCGUUUAUUCCAGUUUAUAUGCAAGUUUCCCAGCAAGGCUACCACCCACGUGGACCUUGUGGGCUACUGAAACUGUACAUUAGCAACCAAUCAGAUAAAGGCACAUGGAUAAUCACACCCACUUAUUACAAUAGGAAUCCUCCCCUCUGCUUGGGCGAUAAUUGAGUUAAUUACUGUAUCAACUCAAUUAUCGCCAAGCUAAAAAACAUACUUUUAUGCCAUUUUUGUAACUUUGUUAGUUUACAUGCGAUAUCAAUAAAACUUUUAUAUUUUUAUAACCACAUAAUUUUGGGACAAACCUAUCCAAAAUGCACUUGAAUCGGUUAAGUGGUUCAGGAGAUAGGUGGAAGUCAUAUUUUGACUGAGGAGAGACAAAGCAGCUAGUUCCAACUGGUUUGGCAGUGUCCCUGGGACAACACCCUGCUGGAGAACAAUGGGACAGGGGGAGGGGAAGAGGCACACCUUCCCAUGGAUUCAAAGGGGCAGAAAAAGUGUCCCAAAAGUUUCCGUACGUCCAUACACUGUUUUUAAAGGGCCAGCACUAGUCCAAAUAAAAGUCCAUAAGACCAAUAGUGUUUUUAACUGGCAAAGUCUCACAGGGACCAUAGCCACAUGGCAGGAGGUUGGCAAGCAGGCCUCUCCAGGACCAAGUGGCGAGGGGCACUUCGUCACACCCUCCUAUUCUUUGUUAGUGCUACACACUGACAUUACUGUGCAAAACAAGCUGUAAUCACAGCCUUUUUCAGAGAAAAGGCUGUGAUUACAUUGCUGCCUAGAGAUACCUUUUAGUGGCAGUCACUCAGAUGUCCAUUAGAGGUGCUGUACAUGGAGACGCUGAACUUUCCCCAUAAAGAUGCAUUGAUUCAAUGCAUACCUAUGAGACUAUGCUGAUUGGCUAGCGAUGUGUUUGGCUCCGCUCCCCCAUCCCACCUCCUUGGCUGAGGUCAUCAGAAUUGACCAUAGCCAAUCCAAUGCUUUCCUAUGAGAAAUAGCAUGGCAAAUCUGAUAAUCUCAUCCAAGGAGGCGGAUCAGGAGUCAGACCCACGCAGCGCUGGAAUAAAGGUGAGGUUUUAUCCCCUUUAAGGGGGAGGUGUCCACCUAAGUAGUGUUCUUACCUUUUGUGUCCCUGACCCUAUAGUGUUCCUUUUAGUAAUUGUAGCGGACCAUGGGUAACCCGACAUGUUACCUCUGCUAAUUUCUUCUCUCAGCCCAACUGGAACCAUUAAAAUAAGCAGACAUCCAACAUAGUUCUGGGAGUCAACUGAUUUAUUUUAGACCACACACGGAUUUUAUGCACAGACCCCCUACAUGGGGUCUCCAAUACAAUAAUGCAGGGUUUUCAUUCCCAGGAUCCUUUGUGCGUGAGAAAAACAUAUAAUACAGUACCUCAAAAGUACCCCCAUUAUAACUAGAAACCCUACAAAAGUUAUAUCCCCGGAUAGCCCUGAUCUGAGUGUAAAAGGCAAAACAGAUGAAAUUGGUGGUAGGGUCCACCACAAUAAUUACUUAAAUAAGGAUAUCCAUGUCAAGUGCUCUAGUUAAUCAAAACGGUUUAUUUGCUUGUAUUUUGAAGGGCAGAGAAAAUACAUUAGGCAAAUAGCAAUGAUUAAACACAUCCUGCAAUAUAAAACAUGGCAGUUUCUUUUCUUUAAACUGCAGGGUUAAGUCCACCUUUAAUGGCUGUCAUACUGAUAGCCACUAGAAGCUCUUCCGCAGCACUGACAGUAAAUUCCUGUCAUGUGAUGCUGUAGCCCCUAUAGGAAAACAUUCAUUCACAUGACCAUCAGAUCCACAAUGCUUCUUAAUGAGGACCAUGCCUCUUACAUUGAAUCUGCAGGAGUCAGAGAGGAAAACAACGCUGAGGGAGCCUCUGCACUUAAAAAAGGUAUGUAAAACCUUUAAUUUUCUUUCUCAUGCUCCUCCCUGCUUACAGGCAUUGCCUAAUAAGUUAUACAUGCCACCAGAAAAGCUUUCUGGGAGCUUGUAAAGGGAAACUUUACUGCCAAAAAAAAACAAGUCGCCUAACGACCCAGAAGUCCCUCUAGUGGCUGUCUGGUAGACAGCCACUCGAGGUGGAGUUAACCAACAAAAGUAAUUAUUGUAGGUUAUUAAAAACUGCAAUAAUUCCCUUUGCAGGGUUAAGGGACUUGCAGCACUGCACCCAGACCACUUCAAUGAGUUGAAAUGGUCUUGGUGCCUAUAGUGUCCCUUUAGGUAGAAAGCUGAUAAGUAAGCUGGAAAUCUAAAAAAAAGAACCUGAUUUGAGCCUAACUGUUAAUCGGUUCCCUCCUUCACACUUUGGCAUGGCUGUGCUCAGUUAAACAUACCCCACAGUUGAGACUUCAUAGGCCCACAUCAUGGUCACGCAAUCGGAUGGAGCAGGCAGACCCAAUAAAUAAAUGUGUGGGGAUUUGUACCGAAAAUAAAUCAUUUUAAAGGGAAGUAUAUUUUUUUUUUUUUUGCAUGAAUACGUUUAUUUAUAAACUGCAUUUAAAAAAAAAAAAGUGUGUCAAUUCCUGCCUGGAUUGCCUUAAGUACUUUCUUUUUUUUACGUUAUUUCUCCUGAUUCUUUCUCUGUAACAAGCCAGAAUUUUGUAUAAUUUCCUACUUCUGGUCAUGAAAAAUCUUGCUAUGUUAUGUUUUUAAUAUUUUUAGGUUGUUUCUUAUGUGUAGGUCUUGCCUGUGCACUUUAAUUAAAAGCACCGAUUAGCAGUGGUUUCUUACAACCCAGGAUGGCUAUACUUAGGUUUGCAAAAUGGGUUGACUUUUUCUUUUAUUUCUCUCUAGUGAUUCUGCUAAUAGGUGUGAGGAGACAGAGGCUGCCGUUAAGGUUGUUGUGCCUCCUGAGCCCACAAAGAAACCUCCUAAAGAAAAGGCCAUUAAGGAAAUGGAACUGCUCACAGUGCAAGAGUUUGCAAAUGUCCCUGCGUAAGUACUGGCUUGAGAAAGAAUAUGCAUUUUACAAUCCAUGUGCAUUUAGUCGAUUCUCACAACAUACUUUUCUGUACAAAUAAAUUUGCGCAAAUUGUGCAAACAUUUAAGAUCACUCAAACACAAAUGAGUUAAUUGAGUUUGACAAUCUAAUGGACACACUGGGCACCAACAAGCACAUUUGAUAUGUUUUGGCCCUACAGAUAUGCUGUAUGUUUAUCAUUGCUCAAUUCUGUUUAUUAAACUUAGUUUAAUAAAGCCCUCUUAAAGGGACACCAUUACAACAUUUGUGCAUUUGAUAGCUUUUGGCCUCCUUAAUAUGGUGUAUUUUUUAUUUAUUGCAUGCUCAAAACUUUUAUAGUAUUUUCCCAAAAUGAUGCAUGAUUUGCAAAAUGCUCAAACAUAAACCUGCCUUCUUACCCACGCUGUCUCAUGCCAGAAAGACUUCCUUAGCAAUACCGUGCGAGCUACUUUUAAUUUACAAUACGGCUGCAGACAGUCAGAGAAACGAAAAAUAAAACAUUUAGUGAAAUCCUUACUAUAUAUCUUCCUGGAUGUCAUUUUUUCUAAUGCAGGUUGCUUUGUAGUUCAGAUCACUCAGUGCUGUCAGUGGUUGAGCUGUGUGCAUACAUUUAAUAAUGAAAUAUUUUUCUGGAGUAUAAGAAAAAAUAAAGAAUGUUUAUGAUGCAGCAGUCUGCAAAACAUAAAGUUUGUGCAAAAAGUAUAGAUUUAAGCAUGCAAAAUAAUUACAUCAUAAGGAGAAAAACGAUAAAAUGCAUUAGUCGUAUUUGUGCCGGAGUGUCCUAUUUUUAAAGGUGCUCUGUCAUCGUCUUGGGCAUAUGGACUUAGCCAUCAAAUACUCAUUUGAAAGGUAUGUGUUGGGUUGACAGAGCCGCUUGAAAGAAACACAUCUAUGAAUUUAAAAAAAAAAAAAAAUUCCAGUUUCAUAGAUAUUCCACUAGAGAACACAUGCUGCUGCUUUUGUCUACAAAAGCUGCAGACAUGCUUUCUGCAGCCUUUGCAUGUUCUCCUCUUUCCCCCAGAGAAACUCCAAACAGAAGCUUCUCAUUGAGAAGGGGGAAAGGCAGACACGCUGUAGAGCAGCACACCUGCCACUUUCAUUCGCUAUGUGGAACAAUCAGAAGUGUUAUUGCUCCCAGUUAUAAAGUUGGCGAUUUUUAUUGAAACUGGCAUUUUUAUAAACUGACAUGAAAAUGAAAGACUCCAGAGACACAUAGCACCUCAGCAAGCUGUGGUGCUUUGUGUGUGGAGUUUUAGUUUAACUAGCCCAUCUUUUCACACAAUGUGUUUGACUGACUGAGCUUUUAACAUACUGAGCCACUGUCAGUAAUCUUGUGAGAGAAGAAUGGAGAACUCUGAUUGGGCUGGAAUUUCAACAGUUUGUCAGGAUUAUGAUGAUUCAAUAUGUGUGGUCAGAAAUUCAAAGUGACAUUCAAAUUUAUAAGUAAAAACUUAGCUGGUUGGGAGAAUUCUUCCUUUUUGUCUUUCGUGGCUUAACAUUUUGAAUUCCUGAAAACAUUGCUAUAGUGAGUAAUACCGCCUGGGUUAUUGUCCAAAGGUUACUGACUAAACUCUGAAUUGUCGAGAAUUAAUUCUGAAUGUUCAAACUGAUGUCAAAAUAGCUGAUCUUGAAAAAUUCACCAAUUCAACUGUAAUCACAAAUUGACUAUUUUUGCCCAAGUUUUGCCAUUCACAAUUGAUUCACAAAAAAUAUUGAAUAACCCAGUGUGAGAUCCUACUUUUAUGAAAAUCUCAGAAGUGCCUCUUUAAAGUGACAAAGAGAAAAUCUAAUAUUUUAUGUCCCUUUUUGACACCAGAUACAUGAAAAACCGUCUACCAUAUGAGCAUAUUAACAGCCUCAUCGAAGACAUAAACAAAGCUGUUGUUGGAAAAUAUAAGAUCUUUUACCAGCCAUUAAAAUCUCUGAACAAUGUGGCUAGAAAACAGCUGUGCAGGUUUAAGGAGGAGGAGACUAAAGACACUAAAGGUAACUGUUUCAUGUAUUAAACUCAAAACCACAAUUUGUGUUCUUUAGCCCUAUUACUGCCAAGCACAUAUUUUGUACAUGCUGGGAUUGUUUUUUUAAGGGGGUAGUUGUCCUUUUUUUGAAAGAGGAGAGCCUUUCCUUUCAGUUGAGGGGUCCUAUGCCUAGACAAAUUAUCAGGCCACCACGAUGGUAUCUGUGAUGACCUGAUAACCCCCUAUUUACAGGUAACAAAAUCACAAGAUUUAGAAGAGCACACAAGUAAUGUCAAGAAAUAUACAUACGUGAAGGGGUGUACCAAUGUACAGUUCUGCUCUGGGUGAAAAUUAACCUAGGAAUGCCUUCCUAUGCAACAAAAAUGUAAUACAUUUUAUUGUGUAAGUGCUAUUUUUUAUUUAAAUAGAAAAACAUAUAUAGAAUCCUGAGUUUUGCUCUUUUGGAAACUUAAAACAAAUGUCAAACCAUAAUGUGUACAUUAUUAAAAUAUUUAUGAAAUAAAGUAUCUCCCGUGCUGUUUACCAUGUACACUUUUUGUAAAAUUAGAACCAUUUUUUCUAAAAGGUCUGCUGAAAAAAAGCAUUAAUGUUGGCAUAAUUUUGGGGUUUACAUGCAAUCGGUGCUGAUUCCUAAAAAUGGCUUAAAGUGGCACUGUCAUGGCCGAAUCCAGCUUUUUUUUUUUUUUUGCUUCAACCCCCAUCCCGACUCCACUACAUUUAAUUGUCCCCCUUAGUCACCUCCAAAUGCCACUACUACCCCCAUAUUACCUAUUUUUGUAUCUUUAUUUCAUGCCCGGACCUAGGUCCUGGGCGCCGCCAUCUUUGUGUGGGCAGAUGAAGUUCCUGUGGGACACGUCAUCUGCCCACACUGGAUAGUGCUGUAAAAUUCCUGCGCAUGCCCAGUUUAACGCCUGGGCAUUCUUUAUUGUCUGUAAUUCGGACGGGAAUUUCGUCAAUUCAUUCAUUCGUCAGAGAGACGAAGGAAUGAAUAGAAAUUUCAGACGAACAGACAAACACCGAAUAUCGGUGUUCGUUUAGUUUAUUACAAGGAGGGAGCUACCGGCUCGCAGCUCCCUCCUUGUAAUAUGUAAAAAUAGCAGCGGCGGGGAGCUGUGCUCCUAACCCUCCCCCCCCAUGUCCUCCCUCACUCUAUGUUGGUCUAUGGCGGGCAUGUCUACUAAACAGUAAGCAGCCCAUUGUCUUUUAGAUUCCCCCACAUGGUUGGGGGCCAGGGGGGAGGGCAAUAGGUACCCCCUCCCCUUUUUAUUUAGGGCCCCCAACCGCCCCUCAUGGGGGAGGGGCGGGGGAGUGGGCGACAACGACAAUAGAUUCCUCCCAUUGUCUUUUAGGCUGCGGGUAGGCCCCCCCCUUCUGUCAUUCAAGGGUGGGGACCAUGGGGGGUAGACUGUAGCCCUCCCUUCUGUCAUUUGGGGGGAGGACAGUAGAGUCCCCCUCAUUUUGUUAUUUAAGGGCCCCCACCUGCCUAUCAUGGGUGGGGGCUGGGGGGGAGGCAGUAGGUUCUCCCCCUACCCAUUUUUCAUUUAACCCCUUAAGGACCAAACUUCUGGAAUAAAAGGGAAUCAUGACAUGUCACACAUGUCAUGUGUCCUUAAGGGGUUAAAGGGUUUAGAAAGGCAAGCAUGGAAGGGGGGGAGACAGUAGCCCCCCACCAAUUCUGUCAUUGGAGGAGCCCGACACCCCUCAUGGGUAGGGUUCGAGUGGGGACACUAAGUCCCCCAGUUAGUGGCCCCCACUCGCGGUGCACGAGUGAGGGCUCGGGGACGUUGACGACACUAUGCCCCCCACCCAUUAAUGAUUGUUAUAGUUGCUCCACCAAAGCGCACUUUAAAAAAAAUAAAUUUAUUACAACAGUGAGGCUCACUGUUUAGUAGACAUGCUUCUACUCGCAAUAUAGCGAGUGGGGGCAGAAAUUAGAUUUUAAUUUCUCUUAAUUACUAAUACUAAGUAAUCUUUACUUAGUAUUGGUACAUUUGGCUGAAAGACAAAUUUAGGUCUUUCAGCCUUUUAGUAGAUGGCUCCCUAAUACCAUGAGAAUUAGAGAGCUAUCUACUCCUGGCACGAAUAGGAUCGGAAUUUCAUUCAUUCUAAUGAAAUUUCGAACCGAACAAGAAGUUCCGAAUUGCGUUCUAACACUAUAGUCAUUCUGUUAGGACGAAAUUCGGUAGUUUUGCUGGCGUUCAGGAAUACUGAAAGGAAGUGUUGCAAGAUCACGGGGGAGAGGUGAGUAUUGUGGGAAAUUGCUCUGACCACAGGAAAUUUAGCACACUUUGUUCCUCCGCUGGUCAGUUGUAGGAAAAAUACAUAAGACAAAAUAGUCCCUAGUUUGUCUUAUGUUUUAACCCCUUAAGGACAUCACUCCUGAAAUAAAAGGGAAUCAUGACAGAAUAUGUGUCCUUAAGGGGUUAAAGAAAACUAGAUCAGAUCGAAAGAGAAAAAGAACAGAUCCUGACAGAGGGAGAGAAGAGGAAGUGAUUGGGAAAAGGUAAGUUCGGCAUGUCAGUGCCAUUUUAAGCACGUGGUUGACAAAUGGUCUAGCAGUAAUUUUCUUUAGCAUCUGGUGAUCAGCAUUUGUAUGGUGAUCACGUGACUACAGUAGCUUCAAUAUGGUCUAGUUGAAAGAGGCUUUUACUGUCCUUCAAAGAAAGCUUCAUAGAGGGGACACUAGCUAAUUGGAGGGCUAUGUUCUAAUGGGUUUUUAGUGAAAGAACCCUAGUUCUUACCCAUAGUGCAAUCUUUUGGAAAUGUGUGCUCUUUCUGAGCUUUGGGCACUAAUGUAAGUGACCACUGGACUUCUGCUUCAGGUUGUCUAAAUAUAUCCAUUAAUUACUCUAUCACUUUGUCUUCAAUGCAACUUUACUAUCAAUAAAACAGUUCCAAAAUUAAACAUUUGUUACAAAUAUCUCGAAGAAAAAGCACAGAAAACUGUUUUCCUAAACACACCCAAAGUAUAGAGUGCUUGCAUCUCUUCAUCAACCGGCACUGGAAUUCAAGAUAUUUAUAUUGAACUAAGGAUUUAAGGGACAGAAUGUUUUACAUUUCUCGUUUUGAUAUAAAAUAUGAACGCUGAGAAAUUGCCUUACUCAUAUUUAACUUUCUCUCCACAGGGCAGUUUUUCGUUGUUGAUCAAGAUAUAAGAGAGUUUACUCAAGUGAAGGUCGACAAACGUUUCCAUAGUAUGUUGAGCAUUUUACGGCAUUGUCACCGUAUACGAGAGAUACGUAGUAAAGGACUAGUGCGCUACGUGGUUUCCUAAUAAAAUAAUAAAUUUAAACCCAUGAGAACUUCGCACAUUAGAUAUUCAUGAUGAAGACUUUUUUUAAUUUUAUUUAUUUUUUAUAAUGCUUUUUUUGUUGGCUGUUUGUUAUACAUUGUAUGUUUGUUUCUUUUAUAUACUCUGGUCUGUUAUGUACAAAUAGACAAAACUGAUUCAUGUUUAAGAGGCCGUCAUCUAUCAGCUUGUUUAGGCCGGAGACAUACAGUGUCUCUAGUUAAAUGCUGAUAGUUACAAACAUCAUCUGGCAUUUUUCUUCAACAACCUGCUGAAACCAUCCAUUGGUUCAGUAUGCUAUGGUCUUAUGGGGGAGCACUUUGGAGUUCUGGCACUUUUAAUAUGGUGCACUUAGGUUUUAUAGAGUGCUGCCACAUUGUAUUUUAACUACAUCGCACUACCACCCCCUUGAGAUCUUCUGAUUUUACAUAAUGCCUUCUGCCAUCAUACCUAGUUAUCUAUUCCAAACUUCUAUAUUGAUUAUUAUAUUCUAUUUUGUUGUAUAGCCUGUGUUCCCUGUAAUGGGCUAGGGUGUUGCAUAAACAGAUGAAUAUGAGUGAACAUUCCCACAGCAUUAAUCUUACCAGUUACACAAACUGCUUUCUCAUGACGUUAGUCCACACUGAAAAUGUUAAAAGAUUUAAACUUUAGUAACCAGCAAUAUAUAAGUGGAUUAUGUUAUCAUGUACUUUUGGGAAUGGAGGUGCUCGAAGUAAAGAUUUAAUGUCCCUUGUUAUAAAUAACAUAAAAUUACUCCACUAACAGCUAUCAUGUAAAAGUUUUUUUUUUGUUUUUUUUUUUAAAUAUAUAAUAUUUAAGUGAAGCAAUGCUGCUGCAUAUAAUAAAAUUAAGUAGUAAAAUUUGCUGCAUGUGCUCUGUACUCGUUAAUCAUUGUAAAGCUGCAACGCUAUGCCCAGUGCGCAUUCACCCACUGAUCAUCUCAUGAAUCUCACGAGUUGAAUUAAUGAACAUAC